AUGUCACCUGUCUGCCACAACUUCGUACAGAAUGCGUGGAAGAAAGAUUUCUGCUCCAACUGCUUCAAAUCUCGCGAAGAGCACUCAAAGCAAGAUAGGACACAAACAGACAGCAGCAAGUAUUUACCGACUCCAUUCCAAAAUAGAAACACAUUCUUCAAGAAAACUCCGCCAAGCAUUCUUAAGGUACAAUCUAAAAAGAAAAGCAAACGUAAUGUUCGGUUUCCUGAAGAAGUAUGCAGUGUCAUAGGAUAUGGAGGUGACGACUGGUCCGAUGGAGAAGAAUUCGAAGUCUCCGAGGACAACGAUGAAGAUGAUUCAUUCCCAGAUACAGAAGAAGAAAGAGAGCUUCACAAGAUAACAAAAUGUAACACAGACUUUAACACAGUGAAAGCUAACCUAUUAGGUGAUUCAGCAGCUAAAUCUUAUACGUCAUUAAUGCUAGGCAAAGUACAAAAAGAUUCUGAUGGAAAGAAGAAAACACUAAUGGUAUCUGUUACCCCCUUUGGACAAGAUAACAAUAGUCCGUCAGUAAAGACGCAUGCUCGAAAAUCUGCAGUCAUAUCUGGUACUGAUCCACCCACCGAAGAGUCAACAAAAAAUAAUUACAAAACAAAUAUCAUACUCUCCACAUACAUUAAGGAAUCUGAAACCAUUAUUGCUGCGGAAGGAGUUAAAUCUACUGAUACUAUAUUGUGUACAGAAAAAUCACUCCUUGAAGAAAUUUCUGAAACAUUGCAACAAAAUCGAAUGGGUGGAACUGAUAUGAGCUUUUCUGAAAUGGGGAGUGACAAGCCGACUGUUGUUGAAGAAAAGAUUAAAGAGAGUAUGCAAGAUGAGUGUGAAAGAAAAGACAACAACGAAACCAAAAAGAAUGGUAUCGUUAGAAAAUCCCCGUUACCGAAAACUCAGGAAAGACCAAAAGUUAAUCUAAGUAGAUCAGAGUUUAAGUUUUGUAAAAUAAAUAUCGAAAGUAGUAGCGUCGAUUCUGCUGUCAGCACGUUAAACUCUACUCCAAAUAAUUCUUUUACGUCGGACGAUGAGAGUUUUAGUGCUAGAACUGACUCGGAUAAUGAUGAUAGCGGCCAUUUCUCUGAGCCGCACAAAUGUGAAGAAACCGUUAAGAUCAAGGUGUUUAAUGAAAGCGAUAAAAACAUUAAAAUGUCUCCGAUCGGACAGUUAAGAAAAGUAGACGGUCAAGCUCACAGUGGAUAUUCAACAUUCCAGAAUCCAAUUAUAGAUAUGCCACCCAUUAUACCUAAACAAGAAGUAAUAUUUUCCGCGGAAGCGAGUCGUGAACUGGCGGGUGAGCCCGAUGGGCGGGCGGAUCCCGAUGAGUCAACCGAAGCCCCCGCGUUACCUAAGAGCCCAAUGCCUACUAUGGAUCCACGUCCAUCAUUCCUUCACGGUAUGAUCACUGACAUAAUGCCGUCGAAACCAGUUUUACCUGAAAAGCCUAAGCUUCCCGUAAAACCUGUUAUUAAACAAACGAGUAAGAAAAAUAAUACCGGUACACAAAACGUUAUGCAAACAGCAAAAACAGACAUCGAGAAAGUUACUCGACAUGCUAAUGAGGAAAAGAAUAAUGAAUUAUGUGAAGAUCGAUCAGACACUGUAUAUUAUGCAAAACCAGUGUUAACUAAACAAGAUAGCGACACAUCACUUAACAGUUUAUGCAAACGGAAAGCGCCAACCCCACCUUUAACUCCGAACGAAGAAUUCUCCAACAAUAUUUACCAAAGAAAUCCUAAUGGAUUUAUGAAGUCUGACUCACCGGUCGUACGUGAAAUGGAAAAACGAGAAAGAGCUGUUAUGUCAUCGUCACCCAAACAGCGACACUCAAAUGAGCCGGAUAUAUCCAAAACAGAUGUUCCGGAACCAGCACCAAGACGUAAUAUAUCCCUUUCACAUGACAAUUUACUAUUAGACGAAAAGCGAAAAGGGAAACUGAAGUUCUCUAUCAAGAAGUUGUUACGUAUCGGUUCUUCGAAAGAUUUGGACAAAAAAGAGUUAAGCGUGGCCACUGUUACGAAAGUAACAAGUAAAACUGAAGAGAUCUAUGAUUUGACACCGAAACCGAAACCUAGAUUGGUGAUUAUUCAUCCUUUGGACAUCAACGGAUCCAGCGUUGAGGUGGUGAAAUCGAAUUGCGAAAUAUCAGACAAUUUACGGCGUCUGAGUCACGACGAUGUUUCGUUAUACAGUGGGUGUAGUUCCGCGACAGAUGACAUGCCGAAGGUCGUAAACAAACCUCCGCCUCCACCAAGGUUGUCGAGUGAAGAUUAUAAAAACACAUCUGGUAUACCCAAGCCGGCUAGACCACCACCGCCUAAGUCUAUCGCCCUGCAGAAGAAGCAAAAACAACAAGCCUGGGCGGCCGCUCCCAGCAACGGUGACACAAUUUAUGCUAAUUUAGGAGAAAUAAGGUCGGCAUUAGCACCUCGAAAGCCAGAACGAACGGCCAGUAUGCGUGAAAGAGAGACACAAUUAGAACUACUGAAGCGCAGGACGCCAAUCGAAGACGAUGACAAAGAUGAAAUAGAUGAUGGACCACAGGAACUGGUACAGGCCACAAACGAUCCCGUUAUCAACAGCUACGAUGAAGUAUAUAACAACAAAUAUGAUGAGAACUGUGAUUCAGCUAAAAAUAGCGACAGUGACUACGAAUAUGUUCACAACGCGCGGUCAAGCUCGCCAGAAUGCGACUCGCCAAUCAAGCCCCAAGAAAGACCUGAUAGAAAGACUGAAACCGAAUUUCCCAAAUAUAAUUUCCGGUCUUCCCUACCAUACUGCGGAAGCGAGACAGAAUCAGAGAUAUAUUCCCCAUACAGUUUCUACAGCUCCAAUGAUAAUAUGGAUAGUCCAAGCAACGAUGACUAUCAAACAGACAUGACGCCAAAAACUACAACAAACAAAUUGCGUGUUAGAAAGGGAAGGAGCGUGGUACACAGGAACUUGGAGGAUAAUUACGGGGCCGUGGUUAUCGCGAAUCACGAAGCGCUGGCGCAGGUUUUAGAACAGGUGCAACAAAGCGCAACAAUGCAGCCUUCUCUACGCGGCUUGAAAGCCUGCACUAAUCUACGCUGGACAGACUUCUGCAUACAGAGCAAACACACGAAAGCAGGCAGGCGAUUCUUCUAUCCAGCGAUCUGGAACUCCAGCCAAGGUCCUGUCAAUGUCACAUUAAUGCUGUACAAGGAGCAGAUGGCAUCGCAAAUGGUCUGCCAAUCGGUACAACCUCAAACCUUGAGUCUUAAUGCCAUAACUGAGUUUUGCGAUUUGGUUCCUCUGCAGCAGUUUGGAGAAGACGGAGAGGAUCUGGUUCAAGCAACAAUUGUCGUAUUGGCUCACGCGCAACCCGACACCAUCGACUCGUACGGCGAGUUGCUUCAUAUGACAGAUUCUACAUCUAAGGAACAUCAGCUGGUUCAGACAGAGCAGAAACAUGAAGCCAUAUUUAUUAUGCUUCAAGUCAUAAUCGGCCUCAAGUGCCUUCAAGCCCGAGGCGUGGAAGAAGUACAUGAAGCCCUAACAUCGUUUAUUAUUUUGAAAGAAGUUCAGGCAAGCAAUUCUUCGCCAACUCAAGAUGAUAGGUUAAACUCCCUGUCAGCACCGAAGACGAAUUGCUAUGGGAGAUUAUGUAUUUUACAAGGAUUGGGUGACGACAGCAAUAAAACUGAAGACGAUCACCCUUCAUCAUUAUGCAAAUCUGCAAUGAAAGCACUAGAAAUACUUCUUCCAGGAGAAAAACUAUCCCCUCUUCUCAAAGAAGUAUUGCAAGAAGAACGAGCAAUCUCCCUAAAUCAAGCGAAAUCUGUGCUAGAAUUCAUGCUUUGGGGUCCUUUAGACGUCGUUCAAGGCGUUCCUGUGAGUGAAAGGGAACUGUCCCUUCAACGAUGGUUAGAUCUAGAAAGGGCAACAGUCUUACACGGUCUUGUCAGAACAAGAAUACAGCUAAAUGUAUUCGAACAGUUACAUUUAAUGUUUCUAGUACGGUCUACCGCUAAAGCGAUGUGUGACGCGUCAGUGUUGCUAGAAAAGGCGGAAGUGUAUUAA